AUUUAUUCAAAGAUUCUACCACAGUCAGUCCAAAUAAAGUCCAAUAGUUUGCCUGUGGUCCUGUCGUUUAAUGGACUUGACAGCACAGCAAGGGUGGAAUACUAUUUUGUGGAGCUGUGAAAUAGACUUUUGGUAAAUGACUAUUUCUGAUGCCUUUUCUCUCCAUCUCUGUCCUCCCCUUCCUUCCAGUGCAGGAUGCAGUCUUCAGGCCACCGGCAGCGCGACACAGAGCAGCACCAACCCCUGCUGUCAGCUGACGAUGACCCUGAGGCUGGGGCAGGUCCUCUAUGUCCUCCGGCUGACCAGGACAGCCUGUGGUUUAUCCAGGACGGCUGUGGUAUAGUCUGCGGUGUGGUGACCUGGUUGUUGGUCCUCUACGCUGACUUUGUGGUCAAUCUGGUGAUGCUGCUGCCAAACAAGAGCUUGUGGUACUCCGUGAUCAACGGAGCGCUGUUUAACUUCCUGGUCGUCAUGGCGCUGGCCUCGCAUCUACGGGCCAUGCUGUCAGACCCGGGGGCGGUUCCUAAGGGCAACGCCACCAAAGAGUACAUGGACAGUCUGCAGCUGAAACCUGGAGAGGUCAUCUAUAAAUGUCCCAAGUGUUGCAGCAUCAAGCCACAGAGGGCCCAUCACUGCAGUAUCUGUAAGCGCUGUAUCCGUAAGAUGGACCACCACUGUCCCUGGGUCAACAACUGUGUCGGGGAGAAGAACCAGCGCUUCUUUGUGCUCUUCACUAUGUACAUAGCUCUGAUCUCGGUCUACGCCCUCUGCCUCAGUUUCCUACAGUUCUACAGCUGUGUCAAUGACCAGUGGAAUGAAUGCACCGACUUCUCUCCGCCAGUGGCGGUGAUGCUGAUGAUCUUCCUCUGUCUGGAGGCCUUCCUCUUCCUCACCUUCACCGUGGUGAUGUUCGGAACGCAGAUACAAUCCAUCUGCAACGACGAGACGGAGAUCGAGCGUCUGAAGAAUGAGAAGCCGACGUGGGAGCGGCGUGUGCGCUGGGAGGGGAUGAAGGCCGUGUUCGGAGGCCCGCCCUCCAUCCUCUGGUUCAACCCAUUCACCGGCCUGCGUCUGCGGCGCCUACUGAUGACACGUACUACACGCCAUAGUGGUGUGGAGUUCUCUGUCUGAGGGCUGAGCAGCCAAACACAGCUCUUCCCUGUCUGAUAGCCUCGGACCUCUCUGCACAAUCUGAUUGCCCCAG